CCUCGCGUUUCCAGCGGUUUCCAGCAAUUUCUGUGCACGGCGGAUAAACGCAGGAGCACCGCGAAAUACAGCAGUAGCAGUCCAGAGUCUUCUAGAAACAACGUGCACCGGGGACCAGCAAACAAACCCGCUCACAACCUUACACAUUAAAACUCUGGGCUAAACAUGGCUAAAUGGGGAGAAGGGGACCCUCGUUGGAUUGUGGAGGAGCGAGCCGAUGCGACUAAUGUCAACAACUGGCAUUGGACUGAGCGCGAUGCAACAAGCUGGUCGUCGGACAAAUUAAAAUUCCUGCUCCUCGGGCUGAGCGUGGAGAACGAAGAGGGGAGUUGUGAGGUGACCGAAGUCAGCAAGGUGGAAGGAGAGGCCUCCAUUAACAACCGCAAGGGCAAACUUAUUUUCUUUUAUGAGUGGAGCCUGAAAGCUACCUGGACCGGAGAGUCAAAAGCAGGAGUCAAAUAUACAGGAACAAUUGAAGUUCCAAACCUUUCUGACGAGAACGACAUGGAGGAUCUUGAUAUUUCUGUAUCGUUGAAUAAAGAUGAACCCGAAACGCCACUGAGCAACCUGAUGAAGACAAAAGGAGCUGAGAAAAUCCGCGAGGCCCUGGGAAGCUACGUUGGGUUCUUAAAAACAGAGUUCACACAGGGAAUGAUCCUGCCUACAGCCAACGGUGUGGCCAAGGUGCAGUCCACAUCCCAGUCCAAAGCCACGCAGGAUAGAACUCGGGUUUCCUCCUCAGGCAGCACAACUGCUCCAGUCAACACCGGCGUCAAGAUCCCCACCUGUAAGUUCAGCAUGAAGGAAAAGUUCCUCACCUCGCCGCCGGAUCUCUACAGGGUCUUCCUCAACCAGGAGAUGGUCCAGGCGUUCACGCACGCUCCAGCUUCAGUGGAAGGAGAGAGGGGCGGAAAGUUUCGCCUACUAGAAGGAAAUGUUUUCGGCGAAUUCACAGAGCUGGUACCUGAUGAGAAAAUAGUUAUGAAGUGGAGGUAUAACAACUGGCCCUGUGAGCAUUACGCGACCAUCACCAUGACGUUCGUGGACCGGAGCAGCGAGACGGAGCUGAAGGUGGACUGUCGAGGCGUCCCGGACAACGAGGAGGAGCGGACGAAAGAGGGCUGGAAGAGAUACUACUUUGAAGCUAUUAAACAGACAUUUGGCUAUGGAGCGCGGCUCUACUGAAGACGGUUCACUGUAGUUUUCAUCUCUUUUGACAUUUUUAAACUUCUUGUUCUUCGAUCUCUCUGGCACAAGAUGUCCCAUAAAGUCUAGCACGAGUUAAUGGUAGAGACAUUGAGUGGGGCCAUUUGUCACCCCUUGAUUUUUCAACAUAUUUAAAUCUAGAUUUCUUCCCGUCAGUGUUUGGGUCAGUUAUUCACAGGAGUGUAAAUGGACUGUGCCUUUGGGACUCUGGAUGGAAAAGGUAUCUAAUAAAGCAAAGAAGAGUCUAUUGGACCACUAAUGCAAAUCGGCCUCCACUUCUAUAAAUAUGUAAUUAAUGCAAGAGUUAAAGCAACACCAAAGCACUUUACCUCUUUGGUCCCCCUACAGGUUGGAAGCGGAAUUGUCUAUUACUGCUGUCGUAUGUCUCAUUUGAACUACAAACUUAUGCGGUUAUAGCCGAUAGAGGGCCGCAAAGGUUCAAAAGAAUCUUUGGUGUUGCUUUAAAAUACAUGUUGGCUUGUCUUUUAUUUUAAAUUUGUUGCUUUGAAAAGGAUUUUGUUUUUUUUUACCUAUUUUACUCUUGAAGUGUAACUGUAGUGAAGAUGCAUGUUUUAUUUCAAACUGCCAGACCGAGGAAUGACUACUGGAUAUGAACUGUACUCGUAAAGUCUGUCACUUAGAGCUCAGCAGUUCUGUACUCUCCGUUGUUUGUUUGAGACUUGAUGCUCAUCGCGAGCCCGCCGUCUGUCAGGGAGAUGAGAUCCGCUCGGACCAUCAGCAGCAACCGCAGCGCAAAUCUUUCACUGUUGAAAUGAAAAUGACUAUUUCAAUUCCUUAUGCAGCCAGCUAGCGUAGUAACUCGAGAGACGGUUUUUUUUUCCCUAGAUUUGGCUUGAAAAUGUAAAUUUUCAGUAAAGGUUUUCAGAACAUCUAUUUAUUCUUCAUUUUCAUCCCUUCACAGUGUUAAAAGAUUAGUUUCUUGGAAUAAACCAAUCCCUGUAUGCG